CAGACAUUUUGUUCAGAUACACGCAGGCAAUGCCAUCUCCAUAUCCCCAUUGGCCACUCGCGACUUACCAAGCAACUCAUGCCUUACCAGAUAUGCAACACCUGUGUGGUGGUAUGAAACUUUCAAUUCGCAGUCAAUGAAAGGCGAUCAACCCAAUGGCUAUGGCCAGCCAUUCUUCACCAUUACCUGGGUCGAGUUUGGCCUGGGAAUCAUCCUCAUGGUUGCUAGAUGCCUUGCUGCUUCCAGAUUGAUCCAUAACAUAGCAACGGAUCUGUAUCUGGCUAUAGCCACAUUCAUUAUCGGAGCUGCAAGCAUGGUCAUGCUCACCCUAGGAGCCUCGUACGGCCUUGGUCUUCCUCAGACCGUUCUAGGCUUUGACGACAGCAAGAUGGCAAUGCUAUACGGCUGGGUUAAUCAGCUACUGGCCCUCGUUGCAAUCGGCUUGGGGAAGCUAACCAUGGUCGCAUUUCUUGAACAAAUUCAAGGUUAUCAUACCAGAGCAAGGUCGAUCGUAUUGUGGUCCCUGGCGGGUAGCAAUCUCAUACUGAACUGCAUCGCCGCCAUUCUGAUGAUGCUUCAAUGCUCCCCGAGGAGGCUACUCUGGGAGGCAUAUGCUAAAGGGGGUUGUCCUUGGCGCACCCGUAUCCAGAUAUUUGGCUAUAUACAAGGACCUUGGUCCGCCUUUUGCGACUUUGUACUUGCAUUGUACCCUGUGACUAUACUUGCACGGGUACAAGCUUUCUCCAUAACAACUCGCAUCGGUCUCUGUGCACUGAUGGGGUGUGGUGUAAUAGCAGGAGCUUGUGCAAUUGUCAAAACAGUUCAAUUAACUAUCCUAACAAGAAUUAGUGACCCAAGUCAGCAACUGGGAACGGUCAUUGUAUGGAACCAAACCGAAAUGUGGGUUGUAUUCAUUGUCAGCUGCAUCCCACCCACGAAAGUAUUCUUCCGACACAUUUAUCGCCGGGGUUCUGUUCGAUUGGGUUCGCUUGUUGAACAGAUCCGCUCGCGGGAACCGGAGGUGAAGCAGAAUCCUCGGUUGCCUUGUAGCUAA